AUGCUCGCAAAACUAAGUGUCUUAUCAACUCUGUUGUUGGCCUCAUCAAGUGUCUAUGCAGCUGCCACAGACUUCCCAAGUUUCGAUAUUUUCCAUUCUCACUGUGGUCUGAAUGUGAAGUACCAAAAUGUCCUCUGUGUAGAUGCCUUUUAGAAAAUCUACAAUACUGUUCUCUAAUUUAACGCAGGUGGAGAUCCAGCAUAAGGAGCAUACUUAUUAAAAGAAAAAUAACCAAUCAGCUAUAUCUGGACUACUCACAAGUCAUCUGAAGGUUGGUACAGUGAUGUCAUCUUUGAGACAAACUAACUUGCUGAUGGCUGCUACAUAACAGGAAGAAGCAGGACUUAAAGCUCCCUUCAUUCAGCUGGUAACGAUAACUUCUGCGAUAUCUGGAACGUCCUUAACAGUGCAGGGACCAUUUCCAACCAAGGUCUUAAUUCAUGCAGCAACUCACCCACUGACCCUGAAAAUCAAUGCAAAAAGAAUAAAUUCCUUGCCUGA